UCUGUCAUUUUUUAUUUCAUAUCUAAUUUUAUACCACCUAAUUGUUAAAAGUAGCCAAUUUGUCGAACUAAAAAAGGAACUGACUGUUUGUCAAGACUAUUCAGUACUACUGAGAAAUGAUAAUAAUUAUGCCACUGUAGUGGACGUAAUUAAUGGAAAUAUAGUAAAUUUACUGUGUCGAUUUUGAUAUUUCUUAUUUUUAGCGAUAGCAAAAAUGUGUAUGACAAACCAUCCUGGUAUUUCAAAAAACGAGGACUGGAUAUCAUGAAAUUGAAAUUAAUCGGCAGUACCGGGAGUGUUAUUAUAUUUUCUUCUAACGAUUUGCAAAUUAGAAAUUUUAAUAAUUCCUUUUCCGGCAUUUAUAUUUGUGAAUAUUCAGAUGAAUACAUUGAGGGCGCUUUCACAUAUGUUUUGGAUGAAGUUUUUGACGUUAAACCAAAGCUCGGUUUAAGAGACGAAUGGCAAAGAUAUAAACGUGAGAAGUUUGAUAGAAUCAAUAAGAAUUUUAAGUUAUCGAAGUUGGAACCGUUUGUGAGCAUACGAAAUAGAUUAAAACUAUCAUUUAAAAUCGUAACAUUUUUUGAUGAUUGGGGUCCAUGUGAGCCAAUAGGAAAAGGAAAAGGCCUUCGAAGAAGACUUGCCAAAUGUAGACUAAAACCCACAUCUUAUAAAGAAUAUUCCAAUACUUCAGACAGCAUUUCCCGAUUUUUCUUAUUAGACAAGUAUGACAUUUCUUGUAAAUCUAAAACAUUGCACGAAAUACUCCCCGCACUGAGUAAUAUUGUGAAUAUACCUGAUUUUGAAAUCUUAGAAGCUUGUAACCCAAGAAACGAUCCCAUAAAGGAUUCUGGGGAGAAACAAAUAGGCUUUAAAUACAGAGAUCUUAAACACAUAUGUGAAAAUGACCAUUUAAAUUUAAUUUGUCCAGAUAUAGAGAUAUGGUCUCAAAUUCAAUGGUUUAAAGAUAAUGUUUUACUUAAUUCUACGUUCCGAAACAAUAUUGCUGAUUCUGACGAAGAGCCACAUCUCACAAUAGAUUCUUACGGCACUUUGUAUAUUUUACAUGCAACCAAGAAUGAAGAAGCUAUUUAUUCAUGUAUUGUUAAUGGCGAAAACAUGCUGUUAUGCGAUGUUAGAGUAGUCUCGAAAUCUCGACUUUUAAAUAGAGAAUUUAUUAGAUAUUCAAUAUAUCUGGGAUUUGUUUUAUCUCUAACAUUGUCUUGCUAUUGUGCUGGUAUACUAGUAGCAUGGCACCGCCGAAGUUCGUUUGCAGAUCCUUUUUACUUAAACAGUCAACAGACAAGACAAAAAGUUAAAUACAGAGCAUCAUUCAAUUAAAAUGUUGGUAAAA